AUGGCAGACAACAGCAACCUCCGCUUCGACGGCCGUGUCGUCAUCGUCACCGGUGCCGGUGGUGGACUCGGACGCUCCCACGCUUUGGCUUUCGGUGCCCGCGGUGCCUCGGUUGUCGUCAACGAUCUUGGCGGUUCCACCACUGGUGAGGGAGCCUCGAACCGUGCUGCCGAUGUUGUCGUCGAGGAGAUCCGUGCCGCCGGUGGAAAGGCCGUCGCCAACUACGACUCUGUCCUCGAUGGUGAGAAGAUUGUCGAGACCGCCAUGAAGGCCUUCGGUCGCGUUGAUAUUGUCAUCAACAACGCUGGUAUCUUGAAGGAUGUUUCCUUUGCCCGUAUGACUGAUCAGCAGUGGAACUUGAUCUUCCAGGUCCACGUUGAAGGUGCCUACAAGGUCCUUAAGGCUGCCUGGCCCAUCUUCCGCAAGCAGAAGUUUGGUCGUAUCAUCAACACCACCUCUGCUGCCGGUCUCUACGGAAACUUUGGUCAGGCUAACUACUCCGCUGCCAAGCUCGCUUUGGUCGGUUUGACCCAGACCUUGGCUCUCGAGGGAAAGAGGGACAACAUUCACUGCAACGUCAUCGCCCCCAUGGCUGCCUCUCGCAUGACCGAGACCAUUCUCCCCCCCGACAUGCUCGCCUCCUUGAAGCCCGAGAUGGUCACUCCCUUGGUCGAGUACCUCUGUCACGAGGACACCACCGAGAGCGGCUCCAUCUUCGAGGUCGGUGCCGGUUUCGUCGGUAAGCUCCGCUGGGAGCGUACCGGAGGCCACGGCUUCCCCAUCGAUAAGACCCUCCUGCCCGAGCACAUCUCCGAGGAGUGGGCCAAGAUCACCGACUUUGAGGACGGCCGCGCCACCCACCCCACCAACACCGCCGAGUCCAUGGAGGGCAUCAUGGCCAACUUUGAGAACGUCGCUGAGGCUUCUGGUGAACGCCCCACCGUCGUCUCCGCUGACGGCAAGGUCGAUGUUGAGGCCGCCAAGUCGCUCGAGUUCGCCUCGGAGGUCUUUGAGUACUCUGAGCGCGACGUCAUCCUCUACAACCUCGGUAUCGGUGCUAAGCGCACUGAUCUCCACCUCGUCUACGAGAACAACGAGGCCUUUGGCGCCGUCCCCACCUUCGGUGUCGUCCCCUCCUUCACCGCCAUGAACGCCGUUCCCUUCGGCGAUAUUCUCCCCUCGUUCAACCCCAUGAUGCUCCUCCACGGUGAGCAGUACCUCGAGAUCAUCCGCCCCUUCCCCACCAGCGGCAAGUUGACCUCGACUCCCUACAUCGUCGACAUCCUCGACAAGGGCAAGGGCUGCGUCGUCACCAUCGGAGUCAAGACCACCGACGAGGAGGGCAACGAUAUCUGCAUCAACGAGUUCACCAUGUUCAUCCGUGGCUCUGGUGGCUUCGGAGGCAAGAAGGACGGAACUGACCGUGGUGCCGCCACCGCUAACAACCAGAUCCCCGCCCGCAAGCCCGACUUUGUUGUGCAGGAGAAGACCUCCGAGGACCAGGCUGCUCUCUACCGUCUCUCGGGUGACUGGAACCCCCUCCACAUCGACCCCGAUAUGGCUGCCAUCGGUGGUUUCGAUGUCCCAAUCCUCCACGGUCUCUGCUCGUUCGGUGUUGCUGGUAAGCACAUCUUCAACACCUACUGCAGCAACGACGCCACCCAGUUCAAGAACAUCAAGGUCCGCUUCGCCAAGACUGUCAACCCCGGCGAGACCCUCGAGACCUCCAUGUGGCGCGAGGGCAACAAGGUCCUCUUCCAGGUGCGUGCCGUCGAGCGUGAUGCCAUUGUCAUCUCCAACGCCGCUGUCGAGCUUCAGGGUGAGGCCUUGAAGAACGCCCCUGCCAAGUCCAAGCUGUAA